CGGCGGACGAUGACCAUCCUGAAUUUCUCUAUUGAAUAUGACGCCGUCAACAGCCACAACACCUUCACCAAUGGAGAUACCAUCAAUGGAAGAAUCAUCGUGGAGGUUUCUAAAGAAACUAAAGUCAAGUCACUUGUUUUCAUAGCACAAGGAAAAGCUCGGGUUGUCUGGCAUGAGCAUUACGGGCAAAAUCAUCACCGCACUUUCUGGGCUGAUGAGAAAUAUUAUAAUAUCGAGCAUCAUAUCCUGAGAGAAGCAAGACAAGAUGGUACUGAAGUCAUUGGCAAAGGAAGACACGUAUUUCCUUUUUCAUUUACCAUUCCUGACAGAAGAAUCCCAUCAUCUUUCACAGACUGCACUGGCAAAAUCGUUCACAAGUUGAAGGCUGAGCUCAAACAAUCGAUGAAGCUGACAAAGAAGGCCAAAUCCCACUUCACGUUCCGCUCCAAAGCAGACAUGGAUGUUCCCGGACUUCUGGAACCCCAGUAUGGCUCCAAGGAUAAAUCUCUCAAGGUUUUUGGCUCUGGAAAUGUUUCGAUGGACAUUCACACUAAACGAAUGGGCUACAAGCAAGGUGAGAAUGUCAAAGUCAUUGUGGAAAUCAUGAACCACUCCAGUCGUUCGGUGAAGCCCAAAUUCACACUGUACGAGAAAAAGAGUUUCUUCGCCCAGGGACGCAGGAGACUUCACACUAGGGAGAUCCUUAAGGACAAAAUUGAGGCUCUUGCAUCUUCGAGUAAAGACACUGUGACCAAGGUGAUGUCCAUCCCCAGAGAACUACCCCCCUCCAUCCUGAACUGCUCCAUCAUCAAGCUUGAGUACAGGCUGAAGGUCUAUCUGGACAUCAAAUGUACCAAAGACCCAGUGAUCAAACUCCCCAUCGUCGUCCUUCCUGAAGCUGCUCCAGCAACAGCAAGAGCAAAACAACAGCCUGCGUCUGCUGCUUAUGGUUUUGAAGGAUUUGGGAACCCGACCCCACCGACCUGGAGCACCACACCCCAACAAGCAGCACCCCGACCCUUCGACCCCCCACCUCCCUAUGCAGCAUAUGCAAUGCCCCCCACUAAGAUGGAGGCUACCGGGCUGCUGGGUAGAGUUACCUGUGUGAAAGGGACACCUGCAGCUCUCGAUCACGUGAGGAUAUGUGACACAGACACAGGCUCAGGAGAGGUCCACUGCUGCACUGCUCACAACAUCCUUGAGCAGCAGCAUAAGACUCUUCAGGUCACAGCUGUGGAUCUAUUCAAAACCUGCGUCCAGUAA